UCUCCACCAAACCAAACCUCUCGCCUCUCUCCUCUCCUCUCCUCUCCUCCACACUCCAAAACCCUCUCGUCGGCCUCGCCGCCGGCCGGCCGGGGCGCCGAUGGACGACAUCAUGCGGGCCAUCUUCGCCUGCAUCCCCGGCAUGCGGUCACCCGCGUCGCCCGGCGGCUGCCUCUCCGCUGCCUUUGGCGGCGGGGACGACGACGGCGAGGAGGGGGAGGGGGAGGGGGAGGACCGCAUCAGCCGCCUCCCGGACGCGGUGCUAUCGAGCAUCGUCUCUCGCCUCCCCGUCAAGGACGGCGCCCGCACCGCCGUGCUGUCCCCGCGCUGGCGCCGCGUCUGGGCCUCCACGCCGCUCGUCCUCGACGACGCCGACCUCCUCCCCGACGACGACGGCCCCCAAAUCUUCUGGCGCGACGUCGCGGACGCCGUCUCCCGCGUCCUCGCCGCGCACCCGGGCCCGUUCCGGUGCGUCCGCCUCACGAACGCCUGCAGCUACGCGGGCUCCCGCGGCGCCGCCGCGCUCUCGCGCUGGCUCGGCGUCCUCGCCGCCAAGGGCGUCCAGGAGCUCGUCCUCGUCUUCCUCCAUGCCUGGCCGGUACGGGUCGAGCCCCCCGCCGAUGUCCUCCGCGUCUCCUCCCUCCGCCGCCUCUACCUUGGCCUCUGGAGGUCGUUCCCCGACACCGAGCACCUCCGCCCCGGCGCCGACGUCUUCCCCAACCUCGUCGAGCUCGGCAUCUGCCGCACCGACAUCAAGGCCAAGGACCUCGACCGCCUGCUCCAGUGCAGCCCCGCGCUGGAGACGCUCGCGUUCGUCGUCAGCUACAACACGCAGCCCAACGUCCGCGUCCGCAGCCGCAGCCUCCGCUGCGUGCUCUUCUGGAUGUCCAUCGCGGAGGAGCUCGCCGUGGUCGUCGCCCCGCGGCUCGAGCGGCUCAUCCUGUGGAACGGGUGCCCCUGCACCCGCCGUGUCCGCCGUGAUUUCCGCACCAGGGUCAAGAUCGGCUACACCCCAGAGCUCAAGGUGCUCGGCUACUUGGAGCCAAGAAUCCACGUGCUCGAGAUCGCCAACACCGUCAUCGAGGCUGGGACAAAGCCGAGCCCUGGCACCAUGGUUCCAACUGUCAAGGUCCUGGCUAUGAAGGUUCGAUUUGGAGUUCGACAGGAGGCCAAGAUGCUGCUCUCCUUCCUGAGAUGCUUUCCCAAUGUCGAGACGUUGCAUAUCAUGUCUGCUGAAGCUGAUGAACCCACUGGCAAGCUCAACUUCAAGUUGAAGUUCUGGCAGGAUGUUGCCCCUGUUGAAUGCCUCAAGGCACACAUCAAGAAGGUGGUGUUCAAGAACUUCCGCGGAGAGCGAAGCGAGCUUGCGUUCCUCCGGUUUGUCUUGGAGAGAGCCCAGAUCCUUCAGACAUUGGUGGUCGUGUUGACUGAUGGAGAUGGAGAUCACGCUUCGCAGGAGGAGCUGGGUAACAGGCUGAAACCUCUGAUUUACAGCACACAUCGUGCCAGUAAAUGCGCAGAGUUUUUCAUCUUUGUGCGCUGUGGAGGCACCUCCUGGAGCUUCCGAACAGCGUCUGAUCUCUCCAGGAGUGACCCUUUUGACUGCUGAAGCUCAGGCACACGGCUUAGCUGAGUAGAUUUCAUGAUACAUCAUUGCUAUUUUGCUAAAGCUAGGGACGUUACUAGCUUUCCUUUUUCCUUUUUCACUAUCUAUGCAUAUGCAAAUGCAAGAAGCUUGUUUAGAUAUUUAGAUUAUGAUUUGUCUAGAAGAUGGUUUUGUUGGUCAGCUCUGGCAUGAAGAGUGUGUAGUUCUAGCCUGUAGUUCUCGUGCAAUGGCUUAUCAGCUUAAGCUAUUUAACUAUUUUAAGCACUACAUUUAUACUGAUAUAUAUAUAUACUUAAUGACA